AUGGGGCCCAGAGCUUACGUUCAGAUAAUCACUCUGGAAGACAAUGAAUUAGCAACCGAAGCGAUAAUUGGUGAUCUCGAUGCUUACUGGAAUUACUCUAUCGAUGUUACGGCGGUCACAUCAUUCGGCGACGACACACGUCAUAGCAACACCUCCACUAUCAACAUCCGAACAGAAGAAGGCGUUCCUGGACCGGUGACGAAUCUCACCGUUCGAAAUGAAACCAAUCUGGAAAAGCCCAGACAACUCUUUGUGAGCUGGCAACCUCCAACUGAACGAGACAUCAACGGAAUUAUUGCGCAAUACGUUAUAUUCUGUUCAAACAGGGAUCAAAAGGUCUGGGCUAUGACAGGUAAAGGUAAUGGAACAAGUACUGAACUUGUGAUCCCGGUGUCCCCUGGAGCACCUGUGCACGCAAACGAAACUCAGGCCACUCCUCUGACGAAAAAAGCGGAUUUUUCACUCGAUGACGACAAAAAGAUGGUUGCUGUGCUACUUCCAAAGAUAUUCCUUUGUGAUAAUCAUAACGGCAAGCCAGAGAAAUGGGGCGUUAUAGUUGCAGAGGCUAGCAAAGCGAACGAAACAUCAUUUGUUGGAAGCCUCGACGAAUAUGAAUCUCACAAAUCCAACUAUUACUGGUAUUGGUCCAAAGCCAUAGACGAGAAAAAUAUUCCACCUUACUUAGCUACUUAUUCCGCGUGGACACCAAAUUGUGGGAAAGUAGAAACCAACCGACGGCGAAGGGAUGUUAACAAUGAGGAGUAUUUGCUAUUCAUUGUCGGCAACCAAGAUUGUUCAAGUAACAACGGUUUCUGUAACGGCCCGCUGCAACCAGGCAAAUCGUAUAGAGUGAAGUCAUACGCCUGCACAUCAUCUGGGUGUACCGAAACACUUUAUUCGAAUCCUAUUCAUACAGCCCCGAAUCUCAUACCAGCUAUUGCUGGCGGCCUUGCCGCAGCUGUUGUGGUCAUCGUCAUUGUAGCUGUUAUCGUGUACACCAAACGUACCAAUAAAUUAUGUUUCUCUGGCAAUUCCAAAACAGUGGAAUCAGCUCAUAUUGGAAAGACGAUAGAAAUCCCUGUGGUAGUCUCCGAGUACAUCUUCAAACCAGGUGCUGUGGAAUUGACCGCAUUCCCUUCACAUUUGGAAAAAAUGCAUAAAGACAGUAAUCUACUUUUUGCAGAUGCAUUUAAGAUGCUGAAAGACAAGAGCCCUGUCCAUCCAUGUUCGGCGGCUGAAUCCCAGCAGUGCAGACCCAAAAACCGCUACACGAAUAUUAUGCCUUUUGACCAUUCCCGAGUAAAACUUCGAGCUCUAGACGAUGUUGAAGGAUCCGACUUUAUCAAUGCGAACUUUGUACCGGGUUACACUUCACCCCGAGCGUUCAUUGCAACUCAAGGUCCAAUGCAGAUGACAUUUGAUGAGUUCUGGCGCAUGGUCUGGGAGCAGAAUGUGGACACGAUUGUCAUGCUAACAAAACUGGUUGAGAAAGGGCGGAUCAAAUGUGACCAAUAUUGGCCGAACACGAACGACCCAGUAUUCUACGGUGAAGUGGUUGUCUCCAUAAAGUCCGAGUCGAACCUUUCCGACUACACACUGAAGAUUUUCGAAAUCAAAACAUCGAAGGGAGCAAGUCGGAUGGUGAAACAUUUCUGGUAUCUUAAAUGGCCGGACAUGGGCUGUCCGGAAGAUCCCAAGAUGCUGUUGGAUUUUGUGAAAACCGUCCGACAGCAUACGAAUAGACCUGACAGGACCAGUCCCACUGUUGUGCACUGCAGUGCCGGUGUUGGGAGAACCGGAACAUUUAUCGCGGUAGAUAACCUUCUGCAGCAUAUCCGUGACCAUGACAGCGUAGAUAUCUUCCAACUGGUUCUUGACAUGAGGGAACACCGUUGCAACAUGGUGCAGACUGAGGACCAGUUUGUUUUCAUCUACGAAUGUCUGAAAGCAUUUAUCACCACCGAUGAGGGCGAGGAGCAUAUUUGUGAUUCAAAUAGUUUGGCCAUGCCCAGGAGUGAGCGACUCAGUUAUGGGGUGCAGAAGCAGCACCAGCGAUCUUGA